GAUUUCCCACCAGCACCUGGCAUUCACCGUAAAACACUGAUGGGGAGAGGUCUGUAGGUGUGUAAACAAUACAGAUCACUCCCCUGUCCGCUCCAGCAUGCUGCUUUGUUUUGCUAUGCAAAGCAACACAAAGCAGUGUGCUAACACUGUAAAUCACACACAGCACACAUAGUAAAACAGCACACAGUUAACCCUUUGAUCUCCCCCGAUGUUAACCCCUUCCUGCCCAGUGUCAUUAGUACAGCUGUUAGUGCUUUUUAUUAGCACUGAUCACUGUAUUGGUGUCACUGGGGAUGUCAGUGACAUCAAGUCAGUUCCCCCAGUGUCAGAACGCCCGCUGCUGUCCCGCAAUAAAUCACUG